GGGAAGGCAGCGCGCAGGCUCUACGGCAGGUGCACGGGGUGGCGGUCAAGUUCAAGCUGCCAGCCCCGGGCCCGCCGGUGCCAUGGAUGGCCUGCGCCAGCGCUUCGAGCGCUUUCUGGAACAGAGGAAUUUGGCCACCGAAGCGCUAGGGGCGCUCGAAGCCAAGACCGGUGUCGACAAGCGGUACUUGGCCGCGGGAGCCGCCACUCUGCUAAGCCUGUAUCUUCUGUUCGGGUACGGGGCGUCUCUGCUGUGCAAUCUCAUCGGCUUUGCAUACCCCGCAUAUGCUUCGAUCAAAGCUAUCGAGAGCCCAAGCAAAGAGGACGACACUGUGUGGCUUACCUACUGGGUGGUGUACGGCCUGUUUGGGCUGGCCGAGUUCUUCAGCGAUCUACUCCUGUCCUGGUUCCCUUUCUACUACGCGGGCAAGUGCGCCUUCCUGUUGUUCUGCAUGGUUCCUGGCCCCUGGAACGGGGCUCACAUGCUGUAUCAUCGCGUCGUACGUCCACUGUUUCUAAAGCAUCACGAGGCCGUGGACAGCAUCAUGAGCGACCUCAGCGGGCGGACCCUGGACGUGGCAGCCGGAAUAACGAGGGACAUCCUGCAGGCCCUGGCCCGCAGCCGGGCUCUCAUCACCCCGGCGGCUGCGGCAGUGGGCCCCUCACUGCCCUCGGAGCCGACUGUACGUAAUGCCCGACCCUGGGAGGUAGGGAGGGCCCACACGUGUGUGCGCACGUGCGUGUGUGCAUGCGUGUGUGUGUUUGAGUGCCGGCACCUGCCUCUCUCCCUGCCAAGGCCGGCUGUUGGCCACUCAAGUGAAGCUGGCCCCCGGCAGUCCCCAGCAGCCUCUGUCCCAGUCUCCACCGGCUUAGCGCAGCCCUUGGGCCCCUGGACACAGCCAGACCCGCCUCACUCACCCUCAGGGCGCUCUCCCCACAGUCAAAGCAAGCGUGACUCAGCUCCCGAAGAACAGGUGAAGUCCUUGCCCAGCCCCUGUGCAGAAAAGCCGGCCGGCCAGCUGGAGGACGCAUUACACUCCAAGUCCUCCGUGGAUUCCCCAGCCGCCUCCCCAGUGGAGUCCACCACCAGCCCCUCGUCCCCAAGCAAGCCAGCCCUCAGGAGCUCCACCAACUUGGGCCACUCCCAGCCUCAAUCCCCUGCCACUGGCUCUGCCAAUGGCACCCAGCUGCCCAGCAAGCUCCGGGGUGGGCUUCUGUCUCGAGCCAACUCCUCCAGCCAGCCCCAGGCCCCAGGGCAGCCCCAGGCUCCCGGGCAGUCCCAGUCCCCCCGACAGCCCCAGGUCCACGACCAGCAGUGCGCCCGGCCCUCCAUCACUUCCUCUGGCCCUUCCCAGACGGCCCACCAGUCCUCAGGCUCCACGCAGCGUCCCAGCACCUCCUCCAGCCAGGGACACCCCCUUGUGCAGUCUCCCAGUGGCAUCACCAUCCCCCCUCUGCCCCCCAACAAGACCCCCGAUGGACCAGAGGCCUCAGCCCCCAAGUCCAGCAGACGGCAUCAGAAACGGCCCGUAACUAAAGCCACCAGCAGCACCUCGAUGCCCAAGCUGCCUGUCUCCUGCCAAUCCGAGUCCAGCACUGAAGUCACCUGCAUCUGGCCCCACCACAGACACGGAUUCCACUACCUGCAGCACUGCUGGCGGCUGAAACACCUGGCCUGAUAGGGAGGGCUCAGUAAAGCUCAUCUGGACCAGC